GUUCCGGUAAAAUGGCAGCGGUGAGAGCUUUAAGGAGCUGCAACCGGUCAUUGGGCCGCUGGGUUGGUCUGCGUCAACUGGGGUCCUGCAGUCGAAUUCAGAUACUUAGGUCGUCUUUUCCAAAGAAGACACCAUGUGGGCGCCUACAACAGAUACCGCAAAGGUCUUUAAGAACAGCCUCAGUUCUGAAUGGGAAAAUUGUUCAGUUCAAGCUUUCAGACAUUGGAGAAGGGAUCACAGAAGUUACAGUGAAAGACUGGUAUGUGAAAGAAGGAGAUUCUGUGUCUCAGUUUGACAGUAUCUGUGAGGUACAAAGUGACAAGGCCUCUGUUACAAUCACCAGCCGCUAUGAUGGUGUUAUCAGAAAGCUACAUUACAAUGUGGAUGACACUGCUUACGUUGGGAAACCUCUAGUCGACAUUGAGACAGAUGCUUUAAAAGAUGUGGCCCCUGAGGAAGAUGUGGUGGAAACCCCUGCUGUGUCCCAUGAUGAGCACACCCACCAGGAGAUAAAGGGACAUAAAACUUUGGCAACACCAGCAGUUCGAAGGCUAGCAAUGGAGAACAAUAUAAAACUCAGUGAGGUGGUUGGCAGCGGGAAGGAUGGUCGUAUCCUUAAGGAGGACAUUCUUGGUUUUCUAGCCAAGCAGACUGGGGCUAUUUUGCCACCUUCACCUCAGAUGGAGAUCACUCCUCCACCCCCAAAGUUAGAGACCUCCAGACAACAACAAAAGGCCAAAGCUGCAAGCAUUCCUGCUCCUUUAAUCAAACCAGUUGUAUUUGCUGGAAAGGAUGUCACAGAGCCUGUAAAAGGUUUCCACAAAGCCAUGGUGAAAACUAUGUCAGCAGCAUUAAAGAUUCCUCACUUUGGAUACUGUGAUGAAGUGGACAUGACAAAUCUUUCCCAGCUUAGAGAGGAGCUGAAACCCUUGGCUGAAUCUCGUGGAGUCCGUCUGUCCUUCAUGCCCUUCUUUUUAAAGGCAGCCAGUCUUGGACUGGUGCAGUUCCCGAUCCUGAACUCAUCGGUGGAUGAAAAUUGCCAAAACAUUACAUACAAGGCUGCUCAUAACAUCGGAAUUGCUAUGGACACCCAACAAGGCCUGGUUGUCCCUAAUGUGAAGAAUAUCCAGGUCCGGAGCAUUUUUGAGAUUGCUGCAGAGCUUAACCGGUUGCAGUCUUUAGGGUCCACUGGACAACUGGGGGCAACAGACUUGACUGGAGGGACGUUUACCCUUUCCAAUAUUGGAUCGAUUGGUGGCACGUAUGCAAAGCCUGUAAUAUUACCUCCUGAAGUAGCAAUAGGAGCCAUUGGAAAAGUGCAGGUUCUUCCAAGGUUUGAUUCUAAAGGACAGUUAGUGAAGGCUCAAAUCAUUAACAUCAGCUGGUCGGCAGAUCAUAGGAUUAUUGAUGGAGCAACCAUGUCCCGUUUUUCUAACCUAUGGAAAUCCUACUUGGAAAAUCCAUCCCUGAUGCUGCUAGAACUUAAGUGACAAAAAGGUGAAUGUGAUUCCUGUGCUGCCCUCACCCACCACAAAAAAAGGGACAUCCUCAUCUCUUCCCUUUUGAAGAACUUCUGCCAGCUUCCUUAACCUUAGGGGGGAACCUAAUGGAAACCGCGCUCAACCUUCUGCAUAGCUGGAAGGAUUUAAAGAAAGUGUUAGUAGGUGACAGACAAUAUGUGUUGGUUUCCAGAAUAAAUUAUCUGUUUUAUUAUACCGUUCAGUUGCCCCAUUGGAAUAAUAAAAGCUGUAUCAUGGUCAAAUUUUAUCUAUGUGUAUAAAAGGCACUAUUGAUGAGAUAUGAAAGUGAUAAAUAUAUACAAUAAUAACAAAUCAAAGUUGCUGUGAGUUCUAAGGUACCUGCCCCAUAUUAUAUGGUGCCGCUGUAGUAUUUUAACGCGGAAGAACACAUUGUGUGGGUGUGUCGUGAAUCAUUUUCUUCCAGAAGUGCAAAUCAUGAUUGUGUUUGGUUAAAUGGUAACUGCUUUGUCAAGUCUUGUGAAACUUUGACAGGGGGACCCUCAACCAGUUUUGCACUGACAGUGCCUAGUAGUGCUUGAAAUAAGCGAAGCAGAACAUAUUUGUGAUUGGUGAAGUAGAAGCACUGCUAUACUGAAGAUAUAGGUCAUUAUGUAAGGUUCUCUUAUCGGGGUUUCUGACCAACUGUUACACUACUAUGGAUCAAUUAAUAACGACAUGAUUGUACUGAUGUAUGUUUUAGAACAUAGAAGAAAUGAACAAUUUUAAAUUGCUGUCCUGGAAGCCAAAAGCAGACCCACUCUGUAAGUGCGAUGCUGGACAGGGCUGAUACUGUCCCUGAAUAAAACU